AUGCCGGUUCUUCGACCAGGUAAAUUGAAGACGAUAAUCUCGGCCACGGGUGCGCUGCUACUCAUUUGCACCGUUUACAUCUAUUGGGCCCCGCCUCCAGCCUCAGUAGUCCCUAGCACCGCCUUCGAGGUCCCUCUCGCCGAACGCCAAAAUGCCUUUUGGAAGGUCUUGAACCCGAUAUUGCAAGGACAUGCCCCAAAUACUCCUACGCCAAAGCGCCUGGCGGACGUAAGCGCAGUUCACUUCAAUGCUACGACGACCGAUUCGCGACCUGAUCUGACCAUAAUCGAGGAUGGCGAUUUACAAGCGAUGGAAGAGGCUCAUGCGGGAUAUAUUGAGGAGUGCCGUAAGUCUGAACGGCUGCGGCCAGUACAUACUCCGGGCACGCGUGGCAUAGUGUCCACAGCGGGGGCUUCCUAUUUUCCAGUUUUCUUGUCUUCUCUACGAAUGCUUCGACGACUGGGGUCAACGCUGCCGGUGGAGGUGUAUAUGAAGGAUAAAAGUGAAUAUGAAAAACAAAUUUGCGACGAGAUCCUACCGGAUCUGGGUGCGCGCUGUCUUGUUCUCUCGGAUAUCGUUGGCAAGGGAGCCAUUGAGCAUUACCAGCUCAAAAUCUUCGCAGUUCUAUUCUCCUCGUUUGAAGAGGUUAUCUGGAUGGACGCAGACUGCUUUCCGCUCCACAAGCCUGAAGUUUUGCUUGAGUCGGAACCAUUCAGCUCCAAGGGGUUGGUCACCUGGCCGGACUUUUGGAUCUCCUCGGCGUCUCCGCUGUACUUCAAAAUCUCGCGGCAGGAAAUGCCAGCGCUGUCGGAGCGCGCGUCAUCGGAAGCGGGCGUCUUUCUGGUAUCGAAGAAGACACAUCAGUUGACCUUGCUCCUCGCUGCUUACUACAACUACUACGGUCCGUCACAUUAUUUCCGGCUAUUAUCGCAAGGCGCACCCGGUGAAGGCGAUAAGGAGACCUUCCUUCAUGCUGCCACCGCCGUCGGAGAGCCUUUCUACGCUGUGAGCGAGCGGGUUCAGGCAGUUGGUCACACGAAGCCGGGUGGGAUUGCGGGCUCUGCGAUGGUACAGACUGACCCGGCCGAGGAUUAUGCGUUGACCAGUGCGAAUAAAUGGCGCGUGAAAGAUGAGUCUGUGGCGAAAGCCCCCCAUGCUUUCUUCAUCCACGCCAACUACCCCAAGUUCAAUCCUGGUGAAAAAGUAUUCGGCAUGAAGUGGGAGACCACGCCAACGCUCCGCCCCGAUGGCACAGACGGACGGGCAUGGCUGGCGGCAGAGUCUACUGUCCAGCGAUUUGGAUACGACGUCGAGAAAGCGUAUUGGGAGGAGAUCAAAAACAUCAGCUGCGACCCCGCCAUCAGCUUCCGGACAUGGGAGAGGAAGGAUGAAAUCUGUGACCGGGUAGAGAGCUACUGGGCGAAUGUGUUCGCCAAGCCGCAUGAUGACGACCCUAAGUUCACUGACGAAAGCUGA